AUGUCCGACAAGUCCAACUUCCUCGUCGACUUCCUUAUGGGCGGUGUUUCCGCCGCCGUCUCUAAGACUGCUGCCGCUCCCAUUGAGCGAGUCAAGCUCCUGAUCCAGAACCAGGAGGAGAUGAUCAAGCAGGGUCGACUUUCCCGACCUUACAAGGGUAUCAUCGACUGUUUCAAGCGAACCGCCGCCGAUGAGGGUAUCGCCUCUUUCUGGCGAGGUAACACCGCUAACGUCAUCCGAUACUUCCCUACCCAGGCUCUUAACUUCGCCUUCAAGGACAAGUUCAAGAAGAUGUUCGGUUUCAAGAAGUCUGAGGGCUACUGGUGGUGGAUGGCCGGUAACCUUGCCUCCGGUGGUCUUGCCGGUGCCACCUCUCUCGCCUUUGUCUACUCUCUCGAUUACGCCCGAACCCGACUUGCCAACGAUGCCAAGUCUGUUGCUAAGGACGGAAAGGCUGCUGGUGAGCGACAGUACAACGGUCUGAUCGAUGUCUACCGAAAGACCAUUGCCUCCGACGGUAUUGCCGGUCUCUACCGAGGUUUCGGUGUCUCCGUUGUCGGUAUCAUUGUCUACCGAGGUCUGUACUUUGGUCUCUACGACUCUCUUAAGCCCGUUGUCCUUGUUGGCCCUCUUGAGGGUAACUUCCUUGCCUCUUUCCUGCUUGGAUGGACCGUCACCACUGGUGCUUCCACCGCCUCUUACCCCCUGGAUACCGUCCGACGACGAAUGAUGAUGACCUCCGGAACCGGUGUUAAGUACUCUUCCUCUAUGGCUUGCAUGGCUUCCAUCAUCAAGAACGAGGGUGUUGGUGCUCUCUUCAAGGGUUGCGGUGCCAACAUUCUCCGAGGUGUUGCCGGUGCUCUUGUCAUCUCCAUGUACGACCAGAUGCAGAUGAUCAUGUUCGGCAAGAAGUUCUAA